AUGCUUGCCACCUCAGCAGCGCCAGAAACUACAGUCACGCGCGAAACUUCGUCCUCGCCCCCGUGGUCUGAAGACAUGCGCGAAGUCCCAACCACGCCCGGAGCCCCAGACUUGCCUGGGUCACCAACCACGCCUGGGGACCCACAAGCAAUGCUAGCAGCACCAACAUCGCCCGGAAUUCCAGCCUCGCCCGGGGCUCCAACCACGCCUGGGGAUCCAAACACACCCGGGGCUCCAUCUACACCCGGGGCUCCAUCUACACCCGGGGCACCAAACACGGCCGGGUUUACGAACACUGAGGCACUCCCCAGAACGGUGACGCACAUAGUGCUACCUCUCAAGAGACCAGCCACCUCGUACACACCUACACCCACCUUCACCGGCUGUGUGCCUGUGUCGCCCACCUACCCCAUAACACCCACACUCGCCUCAGCGUUUGCCUCCGCACCCGGAAAUGCACCCAUAUCUGUAAAUGCUCCCACGCCGACACACCUGCAGAUUCCCACAGCUACACCCACAACCUUUCCCCUAUCAGCUGGUACUUCCUCGUUUGUGACCAUACCGGCUAGCACGCACGUAUCAGGGCAGGCAUCUCCCACAGCACCGCCCACACCCCAUCCACCCACACUCCAUCCGCCUGCAAACAGAUCCUUGGGCGUCUUUAUGUUCACGGCCACACCUUCGUCACCACCUACAUCUACCACUUCAGAGUUGUCCCAGGAUAGCCUUAAUCAACCCAGCCCUCUCCAAUCCGUUCUGCCUCAACCUGGUCGUCAUCGUUCGAGUCCUCUUCAGCUUAGCCUGCCCCAACCCGACCAGAGCCAACAUGGUCUCAAUAAACUCAGCCCGCCUCAAGCCUCCCUCUCCCAUCUCGGCAUACCCCAAUCAGACCUGCUCUAA